ACCAGUUAACUGACGGACAGAUGGACUGACAGGUAACAACGCAACCAAGAGGUGGACAUGCCAGUUUAACGACCAAGCAAACCAUGCUACCACAAAUACAGUUGAUAUCAAUCUACCAACCAAAUAGCCAACCGUACAUUUUACUUACCACCCAACAAACAAGCACAGAACACUUUAUGAUAAAACAAGAAUUGCUAUAGACUUCAACAUGUACAUUGUUGCAAUGUACGAUGCCAGCCUCUAUUAACGCAAUAUGAAAAACAAAAUAAGGAGAAAAAAAAAUUGACUGACACAUCUCCAUUACGAAAACAUUUAUUCUUCUUAGAAUGAAUCAUAGCUCUUGUGCGAUGAAACAAAAUUCUGGCCUCAUCUUGGUCAUAUCCAUGAAACUGAGAGUAUUGCUCAGCAAAUCUGGAUGCAAAGAGCUGUACAUCUAAAGGUAUAACAUUCAUUUUAUACCACUUGUGUUUUUGCGAAAAUUUUUUUGUUAAACUGAAAGCAUUGAACUUUUUAAUCUACGCUCGUUUUCAAUGACGGUUUUUUUCUCCAUGUCCACUGACUUGUCAUGUUGCUUUUUUCAAUCACCAGGCUUGUAUAGAAAUGUUGCUCAAAGGAAGUUUACGAGUGCCUGGCACGCUUGACGGUGGCCUAAGCUGGUUUGCUGUUCUUGGAUCGUUUAUGACACAGUUUGUUGUUAUGGGAAUCCACAAUGUAUUUGGCCUGUUGUACCUUGAUCUGUUGACUGAGUUUGGAGAAAGUAAGGCGACUACAGGUAAAAAGGCCAUUCCUAACCUUCCUUCACGAGUUUCAAACAGAAUUUUGGCCUUCACUAGAUUCUUUAGCAGUCAGGAUGUCAGGGAAAGGUUUUUUAACUUCCCAAAGAACGGCUGCAAAAGAGACCAUGCUUCCACUGACUACGUUUAGGAUUGAAUAAAUGGAUUUUUCUGAGAGAAGAUGCGAUUUCUAUAAUUUCUUCCUCCCUAUUUUGAAAAUAAAUUCUCAGCUCCUCUUAGGGUUCCUUUGGCUUCAAACCCAGACCCCAGGGAGUGCAAAGUGAGCAAUUUUUUAAUUCUUGGGUUUCAGUAAAACUUAGCUCAAUAUUUACUUGUUAUUUCUAUACAGCGUGGAUAGCCUCGAUCUCAUUUGGCCUCACUUUCGUCUUGUCACCUCUGAGCUGCUUUUUGUGUAAACGGUUUGGUUGCAAAGCGGUCACCGUACUUGGUGGAAUAUUGGUCGGGAUUGGUCUUCUACUAUCUUCCUUCGUCGACAACAUCUUCCGAAUGUACGUCACGUACUCGUUCCUGUUCGGCAUGGGUUCUAGCAUGUGUUACGUGUCCUCGGUUCUCGUUCUCAGUGGCUACUUCUCCAAGAAUCUGGUUGUUGCUAAUGGCAUUGGCCUGGCUGGAGCUGGUGUUGGAACAAUUACACUUGCGCCCGCACUCAGCCUGCUGCUGGAUAAUUUUUAUUGGCGCGAUGCACUUCGCAUUCUCAGUGCAACCUCCUUGCUCAUCCUGAUCAGCGGUUUAAUUUUCUAUCUUGUGCCCGCGCCGUUGGAAUUUAGCGAUGCCGAGAAGUAUGAUACGGAAGAGGAAACGAAACGAAUCGACUUAUCCUUCUUCAAGAACAAAGCUUACAUCGUGUGGACAGUCGUUGUUGGAUUGGUGUUGUUCGGGUUCUAUAUACCAUACGUACACUUGGUAAGUGAAACUUAAUUGUUCACUCUGUUGAAAACUGGUCGAAACAUAUCAUUCCUUACUCCUCGGAGCUCAUUCCCCUGAGUUUAUUUCGAUGCAUUUUUCCUCGCUGAUUGCUCCAGCAAAAUUAACGUUAUAUCCCUCCCUCUGGAGUUUUCUUUCAAAUUUUGAUUUGUAAUUUGCAUUCCAUAAAGCAAAGGGGUUGGCCAUGGGAAAGGGCGGGAAACAAGCAGCUGGAAGCGGGGGAAAAUGGCUAAAGGUGGUUAGAAAACUGGAUCACCUGAUUGGCUGCAAUAUAGCGAUAUUUUUAUUGGAGGGAACCAUUAUGUUACCACUCCAACUUAAUUACGAUGUUCUUUAACGCAAAGUGAUACGCACUUACACAAUUUGUAACACCAUUGCGACGCCAAUUCCAGGGGUUAGGAGAGGAUUUAUCUCCAUCUAGAACAAGCCAUUCUUGAUACGCUUUUUAAUCUCUCGCAGGUCCGGCAUGGGCAAGACCUUGGAAUUCGAAAACAAGACAGUGCUGUCUUGGUUGGCUACAUGGCGAUGUCCCAAACACUCGGAAAGAUCGUGUUCGGUCGAAUUGCAGACCAUCCUCGUGUGAAUCGUGUGUACCUCUACCAGCUGUGUCUACUUGUGUGCAGUAUUCUCACCACUCUCCUCCCUGUUUUCACCACCUAUAGAUCUUUAUUAGCAUACUGUCUCGUGUUUGGCUUUCACGAUGGUUGUUUUGUCGUCCUUAUUGCCGUCCUCACGGGGGACAUAGUUGGGCGAAAGAUGAUGGGGACAGCUUACGGUGUCAUGUUUUUCUUCACUGGCAUUCCAAUGAUGCUUGGGCCUCCAGUAGCGAGUGAGUACUUUUCAUGGCACCUUGUACAAUCUACAGCCACAAACCCUUUCGCCCCCAAUAUCUCCUUAUUAAUUCUCCUCACUGUCUGCCAUACAAUUCCUAUGAUGUUAGUUCUGAGAACUUGGUAUUGGAUCAACCUUCUCUCUUUUCUUUGCUUUUGUUUCCCUAUGCGCCCGUUAAGAACCAGAAACUUCCAAGAAUCUUUUGUUUUCCCUCAGUGUUCGAACGAUAAGGAAACGCUCAGAAAAUAGAUUUUUAACUGUCACAAAUUUCACCCAAAAAAUUUCCGCGUUGAGCAAAUUGAUAUAUUUUUGUCAACAGGUUGGAUGUAUGCAAUUUCCAAAAGUUACGAGCCUGCAUUUUACAUGGCCGGCGCUUUCACGACACUUGGAGUAUGCCUGUUAUUUCUGGUUCCUUUCCUACUUCCACCGGAAGUGGAAGAAGAGUUGCGCUCGCGUGCAUAUGGUUUUCGGCAACGUAUCCAAUCAUCUACUUCAAGUGAGGCGACAAGAUCAUGGACUCUAGACUCUGGGUCGUUUUAUUCUGAAUCCGAAAGGGGACUGGAAGAUUACGAAAAGAAAGACUUGACAGUACCAUUGGUAGAAAAUGUCUUGGAAAGUGAUAUUUGCAAAAGACAAUCCACUGACUCAGGACUUGGUUUUAUCCUUGAAAAGUACUUCUCAAUGCCAAAGUUAGAAAAUCAAAAGGAAUGCAUUCUGGGAAAUUAUAGUGACUGUGCUAAUGAUGUGUGGAUCCACUUACUGGACCCAAACAGAGAGACCAUAGUUUAACAUUUUUAAAUUAAAUAAUCUAUUUAUCUUAAUUUCAAAGGAAAAAUGUCUUUUUGAACAAGGAUGUACGGACAAGAAUUUGUUCAAGGGUGGAGCGAAACAUUUAAGAAAUCAGCGAUCACAAAGGCGCCCAAAACACAGAGGCCACGAGACGGCAAUCUAAUUGGGAUAGCCUCGUGCUUACCAUUGUAAGAAACACUUCGCCUUAAAUGAAACGUUUUAGUUUCAAACUCAAACGGUUUAGUCGCAUUUUUCAAAUUUUUCUCGUGAUUUGUUCACUUUUUUGUUUGGUUAUGAAAAUUCGAUUAGACACAUCGCUCUUUUUUGCAGAGCGAGAGAGGCAACGUUGAACGCCGUCGAUGAACUUUGAUACCAAAAUUAUUUAUUGUUCACAAUAAGUUUGUCGACGACAAAGCCUUAAAAAGAGACAGAGUUCGUCUCUGAAAGAGGAAAUUCACGGUUUACCAGGUUACGCUUGUCACGUCUUAAACAGUGAAUGUCUUACGUUAGAGAGGCUGGCGAAAGGGAAAAGGAUUUUUCGCGCAGGUAGGAGAGUAAGAAACAUCAAAAUAAUCCAACAUAGAAAAGUUAGAUAAACAGAUUUGGUUCACUUUUCCAACAAAGGCGAAUAAAAUUUACCUGUCGAAAGAUCCUUGACUGUCCGUCAUUUUGUUCUUUCUCGGUGUGGGGCCUCGCUACUUACCAAAGGAAUAGGUUUCUUUAUCGAGAUGGCACCCUCUCGGUCAUAUAAUUGCGUCUUCUCAACAAUUCUCUCAAUAAUACAUUGAUAUCGGAAGAGUUAUAUUUUAAGUACUCACCUAGGCUAGAAGAUGAAAUUUUCUAAGAAAGAGUUCAUAGCUGUGGC